AACAUCAGCUGCCCCCACCCUUGAAGAUCAGCUUGCCAUGGAGCUGCCCGUGGACUUUCUAGCGCUGUGGAAGCAUGAGACGAUGCGUCAGGCGAUUUGGCCCCUGGAAGGCAAACGAAAGGCUGAGGAGCUGAUGGCGGGAAAUGGCAAGAGACGGAGAUGUUCUCCGCUCAUCUCCAAAGACCCCACCAGGAUGGAGCCGGAGAAUGAGAUGGCUAUGUUUGGAGCCGUUGGUGCUAGCUGUGUGGCGGAUCUGCCGGUGGUUUUAGCUUCCCUGGGGUGGCUUGCAGCUUUGUUGGCGUUGCUGCUGGUGCUACUUUGCUUCUCUGAAUCCAUCCUUGCAACGCUGAUUUGCACCAGCAUGCUGGGCUUGAUGGCCAUGGUCUCCAUGGCAAACCAAGUUCUAUCUAUCUCUUAUGAGGGCGCUUGGGCAAUUUGAAGAGCCCCUCGAAUUCAGAUUCUAAGAUCGUCGCCAGGUGUUCCAUGGUGAUCCACCUUGAUCCGUUAGGCUUGGAGGAACUACCUCCAGCCCAGAAUUCAUGGCAGGUUGCCACAGGAGACAAAGCGCUCCAGCGUGGUACUGUGUCCCACAGGAUUUUUUCCCACAACCUCCUGCCCCGUGGCAGAAGGGUGGCACCUUGUUCAUAGCUUCUCUACUGCGGUGCAGGCUUUUCAAAAAGUGCUUGGAUGGGUCAAAAUGAUAGACAUUCCC